AUGGGUGACGCACCAGAACAAGAAAUAUCCCUUGAUGCGGCGGCAAUGGAUGAGUUGAGCAACCCAGUGGCAAGAGCUUUACUUGACACUAUCGAUAGUCUCAGGGAACUUCAGAUCGGUGAAAUUGUCAACUUGCCUCAAAUCAUCGUGGUUGGCGACCAAUCUUCGGGGAAGAGCUCCGUACUUGAAGCUAUUUCAAGCGUCCGCUUCCCCACUAAGGGCGACCUUUGCACCCGCUUUGCUACCGAGCUUGUGAUGAGGUGUGCUCCACAGACGAAGAUUGUAGUUAGGACGGACCCUGCCGGCGAUGGCCCGUCUCAAAAUUUCUACCGUACCACCUUUAACAAAUAUGCUCUUCUUGGAAUCAUCAAAGAGGCCACGGAAAAGAUGGGGAUUCGCGUGCGAAGCUCAAAGGGGUUCUCCAAAGACGUUUUACGCGUGGAGAUUGCAGGCCCUCAUGUCGAACCACUCACUCUUGUCGAUUUGCCGGGCUUUUUUCAUUCGGAGACGGAAGAUCAGACACAGGAGGGCAAGGAGAUUGUUCAACAGCUUGCCGAACGUUAUAUGAAGCAGCCAAAAAGCAUCAUCCUGGCCGUUGUAGCGGCGAACAAUAACCUUGCCAAUCAGAUCGUUGUUGAAGAGGCCAGAAAGCAUGAUCCCAAGAGGGAGCGCACGCUCGGCGUGAUAACGAAGCCUGACCUUGCAGCGCCGGGAUCGCAGGAUGAGAAGAAGUGUCUUCAGUUGGCUAGAGCCCAGGAAAGUAUGCACAAGCUGAAGUUGGGCUGGCAUGUUCUACGCAACCGGCCCGAGGGGAAAGAGGAGAUGAGUGCAGACGACAGAGAUGCCUAUGAGGACAAAUUCUUCCAGACCGGUGCAUGGUCUCAUAUUUCACCAACCAGCCGUGGCAUCAGUUCAUUACGGAAGAAGCUCAGCAAGGUUCUUCUUGGACAUAUUCAAAAGACACUGCCUGGCUUGAUCGAGGAGAUUGAGUGCAAUUUGACCGCACGCCAACGGGCUCUUGAGCAACUCGGAAAGCCCCGCUCAGCACCUGAAGAUCUAAGGACAUACAUGCUCGAGAUCGCAGAGAAAUUCCAGCGUCUUGCACGUGACGGCGCUGAAGGUCGCUACGGGGACGAGUUCUUUGGCGAUCUUUCAAACGACUGUAAGACUCGCAAAUUACGAGCUGUACUCAGAAUAUUGAACCGUGCUUUUCACGCAACGCUCGUCACCAAGGGAGUGGAUCGCAUGAUUGAAUGGGAAGACGACAACAGGAACCUCUUUAACGGUCGUGUCUUUGGGAGCGUGCCGGACGGUGUACCUGAGUAUCUAAGAUCGUAUCUCGACCUCUUCAACAAAUUUCCAAAGCCCGCUGUUAUCUCUGAGAUGAAUCUCCAUGAAGAGCUUGAACAACUGGCAGCGGCUAAUCAGGGAAAUGAGUUUCCAGGUCAACCAAAUGGAAACAUUGGUUUCCAGCUCUUCAAGAUGCAAAUACGGCCAUGGGCUGACAUCGCAGGUUUCUAUCUCAACCAAGUCAUCAGUUUUGCCAAGUCUUUUGUUGAACAGCUCUUCCUCCACGUCAUCGGAGGAGAUACGCAAACCUCCAAUGCCGUUUUGUUAUUCUGUGUCGACAAAUUCUUUGACGAUAAGCAGCGAAUUCUUAAGGAUAAGCUACAAGAAAUUCUCAGGCCAUACAAAUCCGGAUACGGACCACCACUUGACGUAGAGUUUCAUGCCACGCUUUUAUCAACAAUGGUGGGACGUGAUGCGGGGCGUAUUGCAAGCCUAAUCGAAGAGAAAUUCCCGGCUGCAUUUACUGACAAGGGAGGAAAAGGCCUUGUUCGCGAUCAUGUUGAGCAGGCACUUCACCAUUCAGAGAAAGCUAGUGCCAGCGAAUUCGGCAUUGAGAGAGUUGUCGACAUGACCAUGACACACUUUCAGAUCUCCCUCGGAACAUUUGCACACAAUAUGGUGAAUUUGGCUGUCGAGAACUGCCUUAUCUCUGAUCUUCAGAACAUUCUCACGCCAUCCAUGGUCAUGCAGAUGAGCAAUGAACGCUUGGAGAUGCUUGCUUCCGAGUCCGAGGCUGUUCAGGCAGAGCGAUAUACUCUUCAGCACGAGGUCAAUAUCCUCACAUCGGGCCUGAGAGAGUGCACACAAUGUCGACCUCACCAGAGAACAGUGCUUCCCGAAGCCUUCACAAGAUUUCCCACUGGAACUUUGAAUCAGUCGUCAGAAUCCAGUGAUAGCUCAUGA